UUCUACUACUGUACAUCUAUUGGAACUGGUGAAUCUAAAGCAGGAGCUGCUAUUGGAAAGAAUUUGUAACGACGAAUUGGGGAGUCUUCAGUUAACUGGUGCGAACUGCUGAAGAUUGAGUUGCGAUUACAAUGGCGGGUGCAAACGGUGAAAAAGGCAGUUUGGCAGACAACCUGGGCGCACUGCUGGAGUCCGGGGUCGGCGCAGACGUGACUCUGGUCGUCGGGGAGUCGGAGCUGCCGGCCCACCGUACCGUCCUGGCAGCGAGGAGCCCGGUCUUCGCCGCGAUGCUGGGCCGCGACACUCGGGAAGCCCAGACUGGUCGUGUGGAGGUAGCCGACGUUCGGGAGGCGGUGCUGAGGCAGCUGCUGCACUUCGUCUACACGGACACGGCCCCACAGCUGGACAGCAUGGCGGCGGAGCUGCUGCCCGCCUCGGACAAGUACGACCUGCCACUGCUCAAGAGAAGGUGCGAGCAGGCGGUGGCUCGGAGCCUCACCGUGGACAACGCAGCCGCCGCUGUGGUCCUAGCGGGGCUGCACUCCUGUCCACUGCUGAAGAGCGCAGCUGUAGAGUUCGUCGCCAGCCAUCCCCAGGUGAUGGCCACCGAAGGCUGGAAAAAUGCGCUGCUGCACGAUGUCGAAAUUGCAGCCGAAAUGUGUAGUUUAGUGGCGGCGGCGUCGUCAAAAUUAAGGUCUGCAUCCAAGGAUGACGAUGAAAUGUUAGCGGAGGAACUGAUCGAGGCAGCUGAAGAUGGUGACGAGCAGGAAGUUCGGAAACUGAUUGCGGCAGGGGCUCCUCUCAACGCAAAGGACGAUAGUGGGGAUAGCGCACUACACUGCGCUGUGCUGGAAGGACACGUAGAGGUCGUCAGGUGUUUGGUGUAUGAAGGGGCCAACGUGAACAUCAGAAACUCGAUCCGGCAGACGCCUCUGCACUACGCUUCUUUCAGAGGUCACGUGGAGGUUAUAUGGGUGCUGCUGGGGGCAUCGGCGCAUAUAGACGCACAGGACCACAAGGAGCAGACGCCUCUCCACGUGGCCGUGGCCUCGGGAAACCUGAGAGCGGUGAAGGCGUUGCUGGCGGCCGGGGCAUCCAAGUUCAAGAAGGAUCUCAACAAUAAGGACCCUAAAAAGCUAGCCAGCUCAUCCAUGAGAGAUAUAUUCGAUGUUUUGUAACUGCUACAAUU